GAAACAAUAUUAUUCCCUUCUUUUAUGUGAGCCAAAUUAGGUGGGAUGAAGUUUAAGAAAGAAAGAGACACUGAAUUAAAGAAAGAAAAGGAAACUUUUUUGGAGCCAGUUAGCAUUACGAUUCCGGAAUUAGCAACAGAUGGUGUCCCUCGUCACAACAACAUAGCAUUGAAACCGCACCUUAUAAGAUUAUUAUCUUUAAAAAUGGUAAUCUCCCACAGAGUCAAAUUAUCAAACACCUGGCGACCACCGUGCUCAGUCCUCACCGUCAUCCGUCGGCUCCGCUGCCAAUUCACCUUCUCCACUUGUUGUUCAGAGUGUAAUGACUUUUUGCCGUGGUUGGAACACAAGGCCGGGUUGGAGAUAUCUUCCUCGCUUUCAAUUGGAAACUCCGCUCAUGGAAAAUCACUCGUUGCUCGUCACCCCAUAAAAGCAGGCGAUUGCUUGUUCAAGGUUCCGUACAAUGUGCAAUUGGCCCCUGAUAAUCUCCCCAAAGGUAUCGAUACUUUAUUGGGAGAUAAUGUAAGCAAUGCCGCUAAAGUUGCCUUACUCGUUCUAUAUGAGCAGAAGUUGGGCCACAAAUCUGAAUGGGUCCCUUAUAUUACUCGUCUUCCCCGGCUUGAAUAUAUGCAUAACACAAUAUUCUGGGAUGAGAAUGAGCUACAGAUGAUUCAACCAAGUUCGUUAUAUCAGCACACAAUUAUGCAUAAGUUGUUUGUUGAACAAGAAUUUCUAACAAUUAAGAAGGCUGAUUUUAUACCAGAUGUGUUAACAUUAGAGGACUUUAAAUAUGCAUUCUCUUUAGUUACAUCGCGAGCAUGGGAAAGCUCUCGAGGUGUAUCUAUGAUUCCUUUUGCAGAUUUUGCAAAUCACAGUGACCUUUCGGACACGAUUGUAUUGAGUAAUGAAGAGGAACAGCUCUCAGAGGUUAUUGCGGAUUACAGUUAUGCUCCUGGUGAUGAGGUGCUCAUAAGAUAUGGAAAGUUUUCAAAUGCAAGACUCCUUUUGGAUUUUGGAUUUACUCUUCCUUGUAAUAAGUAUGAACAGGUUCAAGUUGAGCUGAGUAUACCUCAUGAGGACAACCUACGUCAGUUGAAGUUGGAGCUAUUGAGCAGACACAAGAUGCCAAUUCUUAAAGAUGUCAAUGGAUUAAGCUCUUCUGACAAGUCGUUCGCGCUCAAGGAGGUUAGGGGGUACGCUCAUGACGGUAAAGGUAGGGGAAUUCCACAGUCAAUUCGUGCGUUUGCUCGUGUUGUGUGCUGCACUUCUCCACAAGAGAUGAAUGAUUUGGCUGUGGAAGCUGCAGAAAAUGAUGGUCGAUUGGCUCGGUGUCCGCUCAAGGACAAGAGCAGAGAGAUUGAAGCACAUCAGUUUUUGCACUCAAAAAUCAAUGAGCUAAUACAAGAGUAUAAUGCAUCUAUUAAGUCAUUGGAGCUGCCUACUACUCUCUGCAUGGUUGGAAAACAUGAUCUGCGGAGAGAAAUGGCUCAAUGCCUUCUCAUCGGUGAGCUUCGUGUACUGAAAUCUGCUGCACUAUGGCUGGAGCAUUAUUGUGCAACUUUAUUAAGAGUUUAGACAACAUUCUUAUGCUCAUUCAAGAAGCAAAAAAAUAAGGAUACUUUUGAAACCUGUGACCUUAAACAUAUCAUAAUAUUUGUAUGAUAUUUGUAUGACUACAACAGCUUGUCAAUAAUAUUUGCAUGACUACAAAAGCUUGUCAGUAAGAGUGGAAU